ACUAAACUUGACCCGCGGUAAAACCGGUUACGUGGGAAAGGAAAGAACAUAAACAUAAUCCAAACUUGUUCUGUUGCGCUGAAUGAUCAUCAUCGGUUCCAGAACCAGAACUAGCUUCUUCUAUUCCAACCUUCAUUCAUAAUAAUCAUUAACUCUCUCUAUUAAUCUCACAAAAUAAAAAAGGUUUUGAGAAUGGCUUCUCUGAAAGGACCAGUUGCGUGUCCCUCUAUUCAUCCUAAAGUUGCAGGGUUCUGUACCCUUCCUCUGAUUGGACCAAUGAAUGUUAGAUGUGUUAAAACUGAGUUUUGGGGACUCAAGGAAUUUAAGAGGAGUUUCCUUUCUUACCACAUAAACACGCGGAAGAGCAAGACAGUAGUGCAUUGUAGUUUAAAUUCACCCUCGAAUGAUGGUGGAAGUAUGGCAGAAAGUUUCAAUGAAAAAGAUGAAGAUUAUGUUAGUUCAAGUGUGAUUGAAGCCGUUGAGGUGAAGAGUGGAGCAGAUGGUUUCAUAAUCAAAAUGAGGGAUGGAAAACACUUGAGAUGUGUCCAUAACAAUCCUCAGGGAGGUCAUCUUCCUGAUUAUUCACCACAUCCUGCUAUGGUUUUGAAAAUGGAAGAUGGGUCUGACUUACUUCUACCUAUAAUUGUUUUGGAGAUGCCAAGCGUCUUACUACUGGCAGCAGUACGCAAUGUUUCAAUUGCUAGGCCUACAUUAUAUGAAGUAGUGAUGGAGAUGAUCGGCAAAAUGGGUUACCAAGUCAAACUUGUCAGAGUUACUAGGAGAGUCGAUGAGGCAUAUUUUGCUCAGUUGUAUCUUACCAAGGUUGGAAAUGAGGCAGAGUGUAGGAGCUUUGACCUUCGACCUUCUGAUGCUAUCAAUAUUGCAGUAAGAUGCAAGGUGCCAAUACAAGUCAACAAGUACUUGGCGUCCAGUGAUGGAAUGAGAGUAAUUGAAUCAGGCAAAUUGCCAACGCAGAUCCCUAGUUUUGAUGGUCGAUUAUUUACUGAAAUGGACAAGCCAAAUGGUCAACCUUGUGCUGAAACCGAUGAAUUUAAUCUUUUGAACAACAUGUUGAAAGCUGUUGAUGAAGAGCGUUAUGAUGAUGCCGCAUUGUGGAGGGACAGACUUAAUCAACAUAGGGCUGGUAAAAACAUGAAGAAAAGGUCCUGAACUCUUCAAUUGUACAGACAGUCUAGGAUUUGGAUAUAGCUGGUUGCUGUCUGGUCUAUAUAUAUACAUAUAUAUAUAUAAUGUCUUUGUCUGUGAAUAAUUGUAUAUAUUUAAACAUUAAUGCUAAUGUAUCAUGUGUAAUUUUUCUGUUAUUUGUUUCAAUCCUGAAAAACUGUUUACAUGUAAUUGCUUUUAACUUCCUUAGGAUAUUGAUGUGAAUAA